AUGAACGACGACCUCCGCACCUUCACGAUCAAGGUCGCAAACUUCCAAGUGCCCGUCACCCUCGGCUUCUACUAUACCGGCUGGGUUCUCGCGCUAGCGAAGCCCGCGAACGCUAACUCCUCCAAUCCACUUGAACAUGGCGCAAUCGUUACCACCCUCAAUGUCCUCGGGGCAGAGCAAUCCUUCCCGCCUCCCGACCCAGAAACGGGGCGCCCGGCAUUUUACAUGAUGACGGACUCGGAAAACAGGGGCAUGCUCCCACAGCUCGAAGCCCAAGGUAUACUGAAGAAGAUCAAGCCGAAAGACCGGCGGAAGGGAACGCUGGUAGAGGUCCUGCUGAAGGACACGGAGAUCGCGCACACGUGCAUGAAGUGCGUGAAAGAAACCGCACCCAUCCUGCAGGAGACGCCGUUCGAGCUGCCGGGCGAGCCGCGCCUCCGGCGAUGCUCGAAGUGUAGCAUUGUGCGGUAUUGUGACGCGGAGUGCUUGCAGGCCGACUUGACCUCCCAUCGUACCAGCUGCCACAUCUGGCACGAUCGCCCUCACGAAGCGGCCCGGUUAAUGGAGAAUCAGCGCAGGGCGGACUUGUCGAUCUAUCUGGCAGCGCAAGGCUUUCAAACCAUUGCAGGCACAGGGGGCGAACGUCGACAGGAUGGAAGGCUACUUAAUGGCUGUCUUGUGGCGUUUAUCCCCAUACUGUUAGCAAUUUGUUUGGUCUGGCUUGGAUCUGCCCUAUGGGUUUAG